AUGGAUGACCACCACUGGCAACAUUCGGAUUCCGAUCCCGACGAAAGCUCGACCGACUCCUAUAGCAAUCACGAUGACGACUGUCCCGGAUGCCAGAGAAUCCUCAAGGCGGAGGAAGAAAGAUAUCGUAACAUGCGACUCGCAAACAGCGGGAUUGGACGUCGGCCGAAUCUAGAAGACGAAAUGACCCUUCCGACCCUCUCCUCGACCCUGGGGUUGCUCUACCCCGAGGGCGGAUAUCCAGAGACCCCUCCCGAGCUCGUGCACAAGCUUCAUCACGAUAGCUCCGUGCUGACCAUCGCUGUGCGCCCCGAUCUCAAGUAUAUUUUCGCAGGAACCGAAGGAGGAGAGAUUGUCGUGUGGUCCCUCGAUACGUUCAGCCAGGUCUUCAGGGUCCAAGCCCACAAGCGCGGCGUCCUGUCGCUGUCUUUGUCUCCCGAUGGCUCGCUCUUGUUCUCCAGCGCGGGCGACCCGUUGGUCAACGUCUGGCGCCCCAAGACCAUGGCCCGCCUUUACGAAAUCUACAGCACCUACGACGUCGGUGACCUCUUCUCCAUAGCCUACAGCCAACAGCACGAUACUCUGUACAUUGGUGCGCAAAACACCAGCAUCCAAUGGGUUACGCUAAACGAUCCCAAAACCCGAGUCCCCCACGAUUCCGCCCGCCAUCCCGACCGCAGAAACCACCGCUUCUUCGACUCCAAAGCCGUCGGCGGAACAAGCACACCCCGCCGCAGCGACGAAAAGUACGCUCUGAUCCCCAAGGCCGAAAACUCGCUCGAGAUCGACUCUAGCGCCAUCUACAACUUUGCGCAUUACGGAUAUGUGUACUGCAUGUUGAUGGCGAAGGGCCCAACCGUGUUGGUGGAUUCGGAUGAAGAUGUGUUAAUAUCUGGAGGCGGCGACGGUACGAUCAAGCUCUGGAGAUUGGGCGUCGAGGCGUCGAGCGAUUCGGACAGCCAUUCCUCGGACAUAGAGCAUGGCAUCCAGGAGAUAAUGUGUCUCGGUGCCGAUGAUGCCGAGUCUGUCCUGUCCCUCGCCAUUGACGGCUCGUUCCUUUACUCUGGGAAGAUUGAGGGCAUUAUUGAGCUGUGGGACCUCGAUACCAAGCAGAAGCUGAGAUCCAUCAAGGCGCAUAGGAGCGAUGUGAUGUCUUUGCAGAUGGGUUGGGGUAGUCUAUGGAGCGGUGCUGCCACCGGCUCCGCAGCCAAACAUAACACAGCGCAUUAUGGAAAGUACCAACAAACCGGAGACGUCAGCCAAAAAUAUCAGUGCCUCAGCCGGUGGAAGGCUCACGAUGGCAAGAUCCUAGCAUCCGCCGUCACUGCAUACAAGCAUAAUAAUUAUUUCAUCACGGGAGCCAACGACGACGAAGUCUGCAUCUGGAGGGCGGAUAGGUCGUCCGAGAAGCAUGUUUCGACGGGUACCGCCGAUGACAGCGUCUUCACCGCAGCCCUUCGGGAGUUCAUCUCCUACAAGACCGUGUCCUCGAGACCAGAGUUCGCCGAAGACUGCCGCAAGGGUGCGACAUUCUUAGGAGGCCUGUUCAAGAGGCUGGGCGGUCAUGUCGAGAUGCUGAGUACGGAAAAAGCCCACAAUCCCGUCGUGUUGGCGACGUUUGAGGGCAAGCGGGAACCCAAGGCGAAGCGCAAGCGUAUCCUCUUUUACGGCCACUACGACGUAGUGCCUGCCGACAAUAAGAAAGGGAAGUGGAUGUCGGGAGACCCUUUCAAACUCGAGGGUAGGAAUGGGUUCCUGUAUGGACGUGGCGUUUCCGACAAUAAGGGUCCCAUCCUGGCGGCCUUAUUCGCUGUUACCGACCUUAUGCAGGCCAAAGCGCUCGAGAACGAUGUCGUCUUUCUCAUCGAGGGAGAGGAGGAGUUUGGUUCCAGGGGGUUCCAGGAGACGGUUAGGCGGAACAGGUCCGUGAUCGGGGAUGUAGACUACAUCCUCCUCUCCAACAGUUAUUGGCUGGAUGACGAGGUGCCUUGCCUCACGUAUGGCCUUCGCGGUGUUCUGCACGCGACCGUCUGCGUCGACUGCAACUUGCCCGACAGGCAUUCCGGUGUUGACGGCUCAUGCCUUAAGAACGAGCCGCUCUCCGACCUGACUGCCGUCCUGUCGCAACUCAAAGGGCGAGGGAACCACGUUCUCAUUCCUGGGUUUUACGACAACAUCCUGCCUACGACUCCCGAGGAGGAGGAACGAUUCGACGAGAUUGCCUCCAUUCUCAUGAAGAGGCAACCUGAACUUGGUCCUCUAGACAAGCAAAAGGCGUUGCUUCGAGCCCGAUGGAGGGAGCCCAACCUCACCAUCCACCGGUACAAAGUUUCCGGUCCCGAUGGCAGCCUCGUCAGCAGCCACGCGAGCGCAAGUAUCAGUUUCCGAUUGGUGCCGGGUCAGGAAGUCGACGAGGUCAUUAGGUCGCUUCAGGACUUCCUUCAUUCUGAGUUUGCGGAGCUCGAAUCCGAUAAUACUUUUAGUCUCAAGAUCGACAACAAAGCAGAGCCGUGGCUAGGCGAUCCUAAGAACUACAUCUUCCGUACCCUUGAGAAGGCAGUCAUGGAAGUUUGGAGUGAAUCGUUCGAGUCUCCGCAUGAGGUGGAACAAGAGGAUGAUUCCGACGAGGACGAUGACGACAGCGACAGGGACAGUGUAGAUGAAGUCAGCUUGUGUGAGAAACCCGCCGUCCCGCAUAAGCCGAAGAAGCCCCUUUACAUCCGCGAGGGAGGUUCCAUCCCUGCCAUCCGGUUCCUGGAGAAGGAGUUCGGGGCACCUGCUGCUCAUCUUCCCUGUGGGCAGGCAAGCGACUCAGCUCAUCUUGACAACGAGAGGUUGCGGAUUUUGAACUUGGUGAAGAGCAGAGAGAUUUUCAAUCGUGUGUUCAGUGCCCUUUGA